UAAAAAAGUAGAUUUUUUUUUCCCAAUAUUUUUGGAUUCCAACAUAUUCAUUUGCCCGCCGAGGAAAGUCCAAAAGAGCCCAUCUCUCUACUCCUUCACACUACUCUCUCACUCGCCCACUCUGCAAUUCUUUCGAUUCAAAAACCAAAUUCAAUUAAAAUUGGAAGAAGAAGAACGAAAAAAAGGAAAAAGAUAAAUCAAAAGGUGAAAAUCGAAGAAGAAAAGCGAAAAAGGGCUAAUGGAGGACGACGAUCAGCAGAAGGCUGCAGAUCUAGUACAGGAGCUUGUUCUUCGUCUUCUCUCCCAAAACCCUCAAACCCCUAAUCCCGAUCCCAAUUCUCCCGCCUUCCUCAAAACCCUUCGUUACGCCUUCCGCAUCCUCUCCAGCCGCCUCACUCCCUCCGUCGCCCCCGACGCCACCGCCAUCGCCGAGUCCCUCAAACGCCGCCUCGCCACUCAAGGUAAGUCCUCCGACGCCCUCGCCUUUGCCGAUCUCUACACCAAGUUCGCCUCCAAGACUGGUCCCGGCAGCGUCAACAAUAAAUGGGCUCUCGUCUACCUGCUCAAAAUCGUUUCUGACGAUCGUAAAUCGGCUAUAAACGGUCUCGAUUCGUCGGUUCUGCUACCCAAUUUGGGGCUCGGCGAUGCCGCGUCGUCGCUAGGUAACGGGCUUCUUCGCGGUGGAGAGGCUAAGAAGAAGGAUUGGAGUAAUGGGGUUCUGUUGGUUAGUAAAGACCCUGAAAAUUUGAGGGAUAUUGCGUUUAGAGAGUAUGCGGCUUUGGUUAAGGAAGAGAAUGAAGUUACGGAAGAGGUUCUCGUUAGGGAUGUGUUGUACGCUUGCCAAGGCAUUGAUGGCAAGUAUGUGAAAUUCAACAGCGAAAUAGAUGGUUACGCGGUGCUGGACUAUGUUAAGGUACCUCGAGCCACGAGGAUUAUGGUCCGUAUGCUCUCUGAGCUUGGCUGGUUGUUUAGGAAGGUGAAGACUUUUAUCUCCGAGAGUAUGGAUCGGUUUCCAGCUGAAGAAGUGGGAACUGUUGGGCAAGCGUUUUGUGCGGCAUUGCAGGAUGAGCUCUCUGAUUACUAUAAGUUGUUGGCCGUGCUCGAAGCGCAGGCCAUGAAUCCUAUUCCUUUGGUUUCUCAAUCUGCCGGCUCAAGCAAUUACCUUUCCCUGAGGAGACUUUCGGUGUGGUUCGCGGAGCCCAUGGUGAAAAUGAGACUGAUGGCUGUUUUGGUCGACAAGUGUAAGGUACUGAGAGGUGGGGCGAUGGCUGGGGCUAUCCACCUGCACGCACAGCACGGUGAUCCGCUUGUUCACGAGUUUAUGAUGAGUUUGCUCCGAUGUGUGUGUUCUCCAUUGUUUGAAAUGGUGAGAAGUUGGGUUCUAGAAGGGGAGCUGGAAGAUACUUUUGGUGAAUUCUUCGUCGUGGGUCAUCCGGUUAAAGUCGAUUCGCUUUGGAGGGAAGGUUAUAAGCUCCACCCAGGGAUGCUUCCGUCUUUUAUUUCACCGAGUCUUGCUCAGAGAAUUCUGAGAACUGGGAAAUCUAUAAACUUUCUUCGUGUUUGCUGCGAUGAUCACGGGUGGGCUGAUGCAGCUUCAGAAGCAGCAGCUGCCUCUGGGACGACGACUAGGCGUGGAGGUCUCGGGUAUGGUGAGACUGAUGCACUUGAGCAUCUUGUUACUGAGGCGGCAAAGAGAAUCGACAAGCAUCUGUUGGAUGUUCUGUAUAAGAGAUAUAAAUUUAAGGAACACUGUCUUGCGAUUAAGCGUUAUUUACUACUUGGUCAGGGUGAUUUUGUCCAGUACUUGAUGGAUAUUGUAGGACCUAAGCUUUCUGAGCCAGCCAAUAAUAUCAGUUCAUUUGAGCUAGCUGGGUUUCUUGAAACAGCAAUAAGGGCAUCUAAUGCGCAGUAUGAUGACCGUGACAUGUUGGACAGGCUGAGGGUAAAAAUGAUGCCUCAUGGCAGUGGAGACAGAGGUUGGGAUGUAUUCUCAUUGGAAUAUGAGGCCAGGGUUCCACUAGAUACGGUGUUUACUGAGUCUGUUUUGUCCAAAUACUUGAGAGUGUUCAAUUUUCUCUGGAAGUUGAAAAGGGUGGAGCAUGCUCUCAUCGGAGUCUGGAAGACCAUGAAACCAAAUUGCAUCACUUCUAAUUCAUUCGUUAAGCUCCAAACAUCGGUGAAGUUGCAGCUGCUCUCAGCCCUGAGGCGGUGCCAGGUUCUGUGGAAUGAAAUGAACCAUUUUGUGACCAACUUUCAGUAUUACAUCAUGUUUGAGGUGUUGGAGGUGUCAUGGUCUAAUUUCGCAAAAGAAAUGGAAGCUGCUAAAGACCUCGAUGAUCUUUUGGCUGCACAUGAGAAGUACCUCAACUCCAUCGUUGGAAAAUCUCUUCUGGGUGAACAGUCCGAGACCAUCCGCAAAUCACUCUUCGUCCUCUUUGAGCUUAUAUUACGGUUCAGGAGUCAUGCAGAUCGUUUGUAUGAAGGAAUUUACGAGUUGCAAAUAAGAACUAAAGAGUCAGGACGAGAAAGAAACAAAGCGCAAGAGUCAAGUUCAUGGAUCAGUGAGGGUAGGAAAGCCAUAACACAGCGUGCUGGAGAGUUUCUUCAAAGCAUGAGUCAAGAUAUGGACAGUAUCGCAAAGGAAUACACAUCCUCACUCGAUGGGUUCCUGUCCCUUCUGCCUCUCCAACAAUCUGUAGAUCUCAAAUUCCUCUUCUUCCGGCUCGACUUCACGGAGUUCUACAGCCGGUUGCAUUCCAAAGGAUAAGAAAGUUGAAAAGAGUAAUUGGUUUAGUUGAAAAGCAUAUAUUCCACAAUAGCAAGAGAAGAAGACAUGCUCUACUUUGACUAACCGCUGACUGCAGCAUGGGCUUGCAGAGGAUCUUUUCUUGAAUCUAGGUGCGUGGAAGAAUCUGUUUCUUAUUUAUGCCAGUUAUUUUAUGAGUCUGCCUCAUAGAUUUGCUGUCUUAAACAACAACAAUCUGUGCAACAGACCCCCUGUAUUUUAGAGUUUGGGAUGGGGAAACAGAUUCUUGUGUUGGUUAAAAUCGGGUAAGGUUUGUGUUUGAUUUUGUGCCAAUCAUUCUGGUCUGAUAAUCUGCAGCUUUAGUUUUUAUUGGGUUUUUUCUUUUUCCAUGUGGUUUCUGUAAGCUCUAUUCAAGCUUUCGCUGAUUUGUAUGAUUGGUUUUUAUGACUUGGUUGAUAUAAGAAGGAAUUAGUUGUUUGAUAUUCUUGUAUUUCCUUACUGUGAAUGGCUCCAAGCUCUCUUGAGUUUUUGGCUC